GUGGGUUUUUUUUUUGUAAAUUCUACAUUGCUUUCUUCACGUUGACGACGUCCCUCAUCACGCAUCUGUAACUGCUGGAAUCCCGUUUUCAGCACCUGAACAGCUCCCGGUCGCGAGCCUCUUCUUAUUAUCGGGCACAUGGAGUUCCUGAUGUGAUUGUGGGGGAUGCCCCACAAUCACAUUAUGCCUCCCCUCGAAGAUGUCGUUAUCUUCCUGAUUCAGUGACAGUCGCCUCUGCUGAAGGAUGGUGCUUAUAGUCCGGAGAAGGUGUUUUCAUCGUGCGCUAUUCUUUGAGAGGCGAUACGGGUGCGUGGCAAAGGCAAAUCUAAAGCUAAUCGCAACCUACACACAACAGGAUUUGAGCUUCCCUUGCCCCGAUCAUCGUCGGCGAGGAGGGAGAAAUUUGCCAUCAUCACCACUGCGAGGGCAAAGGAGUCACGAUCAUACUUUGCACAAUGUAGAGCAAGAAAACACAAGAGGUGUGGUAGGAGCCAGGUCCCAGCAGUGGUGAAAUUAUAUUUUAUGCUUGGAGUCAUAAAGUGUGGACGUCUAUUUGCAGCAACAAGCUCUUGACAUGAGCAACACUCAGGCUCCGCCCCAGGCUGGUGCCUCAGAGCUGGAGGUCAUCUCCCAGCAGGUGGAGGAGGACAACCAGUGUGUGGCUCCAGUCCAGCUGGUCAGCUUUGCCUAUAGAGACUUGCCUUUGGCGGCCCUUGACAUAUCCCUUGCUGGAUCACAGCUCAUUUCUAACCCAGAUGAGGAGGACAACAGAGAGGGGUCGAACUGGCUGAAGCCGUGCUGUGGACGCAGAGCAGCGCUGUGGCAGGUGUGUCUGCUGUCAGCAGGCUUCAACUGUUUCCUGGUGGCCUGUGUUAUCCUCGUGGUCCUGCUGCUGAUGCUGGAACUGCUCAUAGACACCAAGCUAUUGCAAUUUAACAAUGCAUCCCAGUUUGCCAGCAUCAUCCACUGGAUCAGUCUGGCUAUUCUAUCUGUGUUCUUUACUGAGACGGUGUUCAGGAUUGUGGUGUUGGGGAUAUGGGAUUACAUAGAGAACAAAGUAGAGGUAUUCGAUGGAGCUAUCAUCGUCCUCUCUCUGGCCCCUAUGGUGGCCUCCACAGUGGCCAACGGUCCCAGCAGUCCCUGGGAUGCAAUCGGUCUUAUCAUCACACUGCGCAUCUGGAGGGUCAAAAGGAUCAUUGACGCCUAUGUUCUGCAAGUUAAAGUGGAAAUGGAGCUGGAGAUCCAGCAGUAUGAGAAGGCCAAGGCAGUGAGGGAGGAACAGCUUGAUCGUCUUACCCAGAUCUGCCAAGAACAAGCUUUUGAAAUCCGGCAGCUGAGGGCCCACCUGGCCCAGCAGGAUCUGGAUCUUGUAGCAGAGCGUGAAGCAGCAAUGCAGAUCCACCAUAUGUGGGGUAAACAGAGCAGCAGUUUCCAGGAGGUGGACGGACUGGCCCCAAGGGCAUCUGCACAUCACAGUCCAGCAAAAGCUAGAGAGCCUGGAGGGCCUGCAGAUCACCAUGGUCAGGAUGACAUGAACAACUACAUCAGUCAGUACUACAGUGAGCCAAGCAGCGAUAUGGGGAUCCCAGACCCUGCCCGUGUCAUCACCACAGCCGCCAUUGACGUGCAUCUGCCUAACAACCCCAGCCAGCUUCCAUCAUCUUUAGUAAGUGCAGAUGCAGCACCAUCCAGCCGUCUGCAGCGCACUGGGAGCUCAGUCAGUGAAGCUUCCACAACCACAGUAUCCCACACCAGCUUCAGUGUCGGUCAGCACAGCAUCAGCAGCCACACGCUGGGCUCCAGUAUGGACUGCAGCUCCACUGUACGUGAGGCUUCCACCUCCACAGACUACAGCGACCAGCGUUGCUACCCCCCACCGUACAGCAGUCCUUUAGCCAUGGGCACACAGCCACGAGGGUGUCCCAGCGCUGUGGUGCAGGAGUUACUCUCCUCUCUUUCUGAAGACUCUUGCCUCACCCAGAAGGGGCUGGACCCUGUCAACCUCAAACCACCCAGCCCAACAGGUUCCACAAAAACCAGUCCUGAGCUGGAACACAGGGUUAACAUUUACAACAAGAGGAACCAGGAGAGCAGGAUAGGGCUGCACGCCAAAACCGUAAUCCAUCUGCAGGGUAAUGAGCCUCUUCUAGAGGAGAAGUACAGGAUGAUGGGCCCAGUAGAUACUCCAAUCAACCGCCUAUCCGAGACAUAAGAUUCUGCAGAACUUCAAAGGAAUUGCUCUUAAGAUCAGGCGCAAAACUUAAUGCAAACCUGUGUUGUGGGGAGUCACUGGCACAUCAACUGUGUGUCAAGCUCUUCAUAGUCCAGAAAUUCAGACGAUGAACGUACUGGAGCAGCAAAGCUCUUGGAGGACAGAUAAAGGGAGACUUGUUAUCACGCAACACUUUUCAGGAAUUGACACAAAGAAAAAAAAAA